CUCCUUUCAAAUCUCUUCAAAAAUUCAUCAAAACCCUCUUUAUUUUCAUCAAUCUCAAAUCCCAAUAUUUCAAACCCAAAAACCGCCACCAAGAGACCAACUUCACUUGCUACACUUAACCCACAAGAAACUUCACUGACUGUUCUUAGGCAGGCAAGGGAGGUUUAGAGAAGCCCUUUGUUUGUUUCAAGAAAUGGAGACAAAGUUUAAUUGUAGACCUGAUAAUUUUGUGUAUAAUAAUAUGCUUUAUGUGCUUUGUAAGAAGGACACAUCUGGGGAGCUAAUUGAUGUUGCGCUUAGUAUCUUUCGAGGAAUUGAAUCGCCAGAUACAUAUUCGUACAGUAAUGUUCUUGUCGGUUUGUGUAAAUUUGGUAGGUUUGAGACCGCCAUUGAAUUUUUUCAAGAAAUGGGUAGGGCUAGAUUGGUGCCAACACGGUCUGCAGUGAAUUUUCUUAUGAGGGAGUUGUGUUUGUUGAGUGCAAAAGAAGGGGCUGUCAACGAAGUUAGGGUACAUAGUUCUCGUAAACCAUAUACAAUUUUAGUUCCCAAUGUGGGUCCGAAGAGUGGUGCUAUACGUCCUGCUGUUGGCGUGUUUUUGGCAGUUUGUGAUCUUGGUUUAUUGCCUAGCACUUUUGUUAUAAUCCAGCUCAUAACAGAGCUUUGUCGACUGGGAAAGAUGACAGAGGCUUUUGAGAUUCUAAAAGUAGUCGAGGAGAGAAAGCAAAAUUGUGUGGCUGAGGGUUACUCCAUUGUGAUGCAGGCUUUAUGUGAAUAUCGCUUAGUUGAGGAAGCUAGUCAUUUGUUUGGAAGAAUGCUUUCACUUGAAUUGAAGCCAAAGUUGGUAGUUUACAAUUCUAUUAUUUGUAUGCUAUGUAAAGUGGGGAGAUUGGAUGAUGCCCAGAGGGUGUUUCAGAUAAUGAGCAAGAAAAGAUGCCUUCCGGAUAGUGUAACAUAUACUGCAUUGGUUCAUGCUUAUGGCGAAGCUAGGAAUUGGGAGGUUGCUUAUGACUUAUUGAUGGAAAUGUUAGGGUUAGGUUGGAUUCCACAUUUUCAUGCGUAUACUUUGGUGGAUAAACUGUUGAGAGAACAUGGGCGAAUAGAUUUGUCCAAUAAAUUGGAAAGGAAGUUGGAAUCACAAAUCUUGCAUAAGCAUUGUAAAGCAGGUCAAUUGGAGGCUGCUUAUGAGAAACUGAGAUCAAUGCUUGAAAAAGGUUUCUACCCACCCAUGUACGUAAGAGAUGCUUUUGAGCAUGCAUUUCAAAAGUAUGGCAAGUUGGAAAUAGCUCGUGAGUUGCUAGAGAAUAUGGACAAAGCUUGUGAGCCUUCUACGACAGAAAUUAGGAGUUCUUGAUGAGCUUUGAUCAAGCAGUUAAGUUUACUUCCCUUGAUUUUUAUCAGCAAUGAUCAGGUAUAAGCAGUAACAAUGGCAUAUAAUUUGGAUGAACUUUCAUAUACUUUACAAACCAAGAAACUCUACAAGAGUCAUGGUCUUGGUUGCGCGGAGAAGGCUUGACAAUACUUUAAGGCUUUAUGAAUGAACCAGGUGCUGCUAUCUGAUGAAUGUAAUGGCAGAGAUACCUGCUGAGAAUUCCUGAGCAAACAGUUCUGUUUACAUAGAUUCUUCUAAUGUUAACUAUUUCCACCAAGGAUUAGACCCUUCUUUUCUGCCAUGGAAAACAUUUUCCAAGCUAGAUGAUCUUAAAUCUGGGUCCUAGUGAUUGCAAGCUGGUAAUUUUUUAAGGAAGCGCUGCCCUGGCUCUAAAGUUCUCUUGUCGAAUUCUUGGGUAACAGAAGAAAAGAGAAAUCAAUGUUCGCUGGCAGCUGAAAUACAACUUGACUCUCAAGUGUAACCAUCAAACCUUGUUCCUUAGGAAGAUCCCAGCAGAUUCUGCAUGUCUUUCUGCAAAAUGGAAUGAAGGAGUGUGAGAUGAAGUUCACAGAAAUUCUUGAGACUCAAAUGUUGUAAUAGGAAAAACAAAUGAUCUAACCUCAAUUUUAAGAGGUGAUGUAGUUGGAGCAUAUCUUUCCACAACCUUUCCUCCUUUGUUUACCACAGAUUUGGUAAAGUUCCACUUGAUGGCAACUCCAAAAUAUCCUCCUU